AUGGCUUGGCGUACAGAGUUUGAAGAAAAUGCCGCAACAGCUUCUGGGAAAACUGGGAGCAUGACCCGAACCAAUGCGGAGGCCUUGCACGGUCUUCAGGGUACUAGAACUCAAAUGUCAACACCAUUAAGCAACAAUGAGGGGCACAAUAUAUUAUCUAUCCCUGAAAAUGGGAACCAUAUGUCAACAAACAAGGUGACUGCACAACCAAGUGAAAUGAAUACAGAUGGAAAACCUGGCCCUAACAUUGAGGGUUCCAAAAAAAGUAAAUCGACAACAAAAGCAGACCCCUGGGUCAAUCCAGGUCAAUCAGAUAAAAGUGGGGGAAGACCUACCAGCCCAAACUACACAGAUGGCAAACCUAAAACAAAUCAAGAACCUAGAUUCAAAAAAUUCAAAUAA